CCAUUGUGUCUAGGUGUAGACACAAAGAUCGUGUGUACAAGCCUUUUAUUUUUUUUUUUCCUUUGUUUGAAAGAAAGGGCAGGAAUAGAAAAUUCCUAACACGACAAAGGGUUGGGGAAGUCGUCCGGUUCGGACUCCAGACAUCCCCUUCGUGUGAAACGUGGACGGCAACGAUUACCUCCCGGUUUCUCCCAGAGUUCCAGGCACGUGAGCAAAGAAAGGAAACUUGGGCAACUCGGUUACCUCUUGACCAGGGUUAACAUCUUCUCUGGUUAAAAUCCUAACCAUGGUUAACUUGCGCCGCUUUAGUUUUCUUUCUCCCCCUCUCUCGAGAAAUAGAGACUCGUAAGUUGCUACACUCUCUUCCUUCGGCCCAUCGCCCUCUCUUCAUCGUCUCGCUCUUGAAAUCUGUUACUCAUAAGCCGCCUUAUUGGACCGUUCACCUCCACCUCCACCUCCACCUCCGUCUCCGGCGACGAUGUACGGACCAAACCAAAUUGGUCUCUUAAAUUCGAUCUACUCCGCCGGAAAUAUCGGAUUUGUUGCCUGUGCGUCUUGGAUUUCGGAUUCCUUUGCGAAUGUCUGUUAAGAGUAGUAAAGCUGCUAGAUUUUUGCGAUCGAAAAUGUCGGAAACCUGACCUACUUGGGAGUUGCGACUUUUUUUCUUUCUUCUUUUUCUUUCCUCCUUUUCUUACUGUGUAUCGAUUUGAUUCAACGCGUGGAGAUUAAAGGUGGUGCUCUACUUCCAGGUGUUGGUAGGGUAGGGUAGGGUAGGGUUUUGGUUUUUUGAGUGACUUUGUGAGCUUGGCUUUCCAGCGAGGGUCUUGGUGUUUUUGCGUGGACUGGAUCGGUCUCUGGAGCUCUAAUUUUGGUUUGAUUUCUGAUCGGAGGAAAUAUAGGUACUGGUAGGUAGAGAGAACAGGGAUUGCAGACCGGUAGAUGUGAGCUGAGGUGAAACCCCUGGACAGGUAGGUCAAUUCGUUCAAUUCUUUUGGAUUCCGACCCUAGAACUGGAAAAAGCACCUCGGAAUUCCAGAUUCAACCAUAGUUUGAUUUUCCAAGAACUGUAGAAUUUUGGGAGUUAUGCCUGUCGAGUUGGAAAAUAAUUCCGCCAUGACUGUUUCUACGGUUUCCGGGGAAGCUAGUUUCUCUUCUUCUGGUAACCAUGCGGCUCCACCGCCGACGACCACGACGAAGAAGAAGCGGAACCUCCCUGGAAUGCCAGAUCCGGAUGCUGAGGUGAUUUCCUUGUCGCCGAAAACUCUAAUGGCAACGAACCGGUUUGUCUGUGAGAUUUGCAACAAAGGAUUUCAGCGCGACCAGAAUCUGCAGCUCCACCGUCGUGGUCAUAACCUUCCGUGGAAGCUUCGACAGCGAUCGAGCAACGAGGUCCGUAAGCGAGUCUACGUCUGCCCCGAGCCUUCAUGCGUUCACCAUGAUCCUUCGCGAGCUCUGGGCGAUCUCACGGGGAUUAAGAAACAUUACUGUCGGAAACACGGCGAGAAGAAAUGGAAAUGCGAUAAGUGUUCGAAGAAAUACGCGGUUCAGUCCGAUUGGAAGGCGCAUUCGAAGACUUGUGGAACUAGAGAGUACAGAUGCGAUUGCGGAACUUUGUUUUCAAGGAGGGAUAGCUUCAUUACUCAUAGGGCUUUUUGCGAUGCCUUAGCGGAGGAGAGUGCGAGAGCACCCCCUCCCCCUCCGCCUGCCCCUGUUGCGAAUUCGAACUCAGAAGAAGAGCCCAAGCUUCAGAUCGUUACUACCUCUUCGCCUCCACAUUCGUCUGUUGUCGUUUCUGCGGUUUUGCCUAAUCAAAAUCCAGAUUUGCCGGUAAAUUCAAGCGAUAUCAUAAAGCUCAUCCCGCCGUCCACCUGCUUAAACGGGAGCAGUAGUAACAGUAGCAGCAGUAGUUCUUGCACUUCCAGCAGCAAUGGCAGUACAACUACUAGUGUUUUUGCAAGUCUAUUCGCAUCAUCGUCAGAUUUGAUAUGCGCCAUGGCAAGAUCGGAGCGUUCCACAGCGCUAGCAAGCGUCUCAGCCACAGAGCCUACUUCUCUCUGCCUAUCGUCUAACGGCGGCGGUUCCACAAUCUUCGGUACAACGUUGGGGACAGAACGCCGGCAAUACACAAUGCCUUCGUCACCAGCAAUGUCUGCUACGGCCUUACUCCAGAAGGCAGCACAGAUGGGGGCGGCUGCCACGAGCUCCUCGUUUCUGCGAGGGUUGGGGUUGACCUCUUCGUCAUCGUCUGGGCAACAAGAGGGGUUGCAGUGGAGUCAGCACUUGGAAUCGGAUCCCGGAAGCUCUACGAUGACAGCCGGCGGUAGUGGGCUAGGACUCGGGCUUCCGUGCGAUGGGGGUAGAGGGUUGACGGAGUUAAUGAUGGGCCCGUCGUCUCUGUUUGGGGCAAAGCCCAUGACGCUGGACCUUCUGGGGCUGGGCAUUGGGGGUGGUGGUGCUCCCACGGGUGGGCUGUCGGCUUUGAUGACAUCAAUAGGCGGUGGCGGACUAGACGUGGCAGCUGCUGCCGCCGCCACGUUUGGUGGAGGGAGUUCUGGAGGUAAGUCGUGGAUGCCUGAAACCACGGAGAGGAAGCCCAGUGGCGCCGCCCCAGCCUUGUUGUAGUCAAAAUUGUAUUGUGUAAACGAGAGAGGCAGUCGUUACGUUUACGUUUUACAAAUUACGGUGUAAAGAGAGGAAGCCUAGAAAUUCUGUGCAGCUUUAAUUAUUAGGGAUUGUAGUGUGUAGUAGAAGCCUAGUAGUGUAGUAGUAGUAGUAGUGGUAAGUGGUAACAGGGUAACUGGAGGAGUAUCUAUCUAUUUUGUCGUCCGCAUAAUCCCUUUUUUUCUUCUAGUUUUUGAAGUGGGGUUUACCUCGUUUGCAAUUGGGAAGGUUGCCCGGGAAGAGAUGGGGAUUUUGUUUUCUUUGCCCUUUUUUUUGUUUUUGUUUUGGGUUUUGUAAUAUUAAAGGAAAUUUAAACUAAAUUAAAAUGAAGUUUCUCGGAA